AUGGCCGCUUCUGACGAGUUUCCGUGUAUCCUAACCAUCGACACACCCUUCCCUACCCACCGUCUAGCCAGCGCCGCCAUUCGUUCUCUCUCGGUCGACCAGGAACUGUCGCCGCUGGUCCGCCGUCAUUUCUCGCUUCACCGUCCGUCAGAUGCUGCUCCAAACGCAGUAGAGGGCGAUCCUCUUCGCGCCUCUCUCCUGACCAACGCCGCUCCGACCACUUCGCUAGACACCCUUCAACCGACACAACCUAUAUCUGAUGAGGAAGAUGCCACCGUGCUUCGCACAAUCUAUCGCGCCACCACCAAUCGCAUGCUCCGUGUCUCUGUGAACGGUUUCUUCGAGAGUCUGAACGUCGUGUUACAGGUCAUGCAGGAACUAGACGUUGACGUCCUGCAAGACAAAGGCCUCGAAGAUCUUGAGGGUGCCCAAGGCGUUGAGCAAGGAAUGAUUGGAACCACAAAGACUGGUGCUUGA